GUCAAGAAUUCAGCGACGAAAAGGAUGAAUCAAGAGGUAGUGGGAAUCAAUUCCAGGUCUUGAACUACGGGGUGACAUUUGUAUCGAAAGGACAGGGGGGUUUGUUGAGGGAAUUGACUAGGGUGUUGAAGAGUUAUAACGCGUUUUUCGGUUCAAGAAGUGAGGGAGAACGACAUUGAUGAAAUGUGGCGGGGAGACUACGCCGGAUGAGUUUGGGAAAGAAGGGAAGAAGGAGUUGAUGAAGGAGAACUAUGCGGCUUAUUGGACCGUUCUGGCUUCCAAUGUGGAGGACUUAGCAGCUUGCUUGUUAGAGGAUGAUUGGGGCGGGAUCAAGGCAUCAGAUCAAGGGGAUUCUGUGGUGUGGAAUGUGACCUCGGAUAGAUUGAAAUGGGGUAAUGAUUUCUUGAAGAAGAGGUUGAAGAAAGGUGACAGUGUGGAUGCCAGUCCAGCUACUCUGAGAAGGAGCAGAAGGGUUAAGAGGUUGACGAGAAGUUCUGAAAAAGUGGCUCUUGGGAUCCUAUCUGGGGUAGUCAAAAGUUUCUUUCUUCUGUACAAGUCCUACUGUGAACUCUAAAGCAGUGGAGAAGUUUUGCAGCCUGUUGCCUGCAGAAAUCGUCCUUGCUUCCCUGGAUGGAUUUAGUAAGUUCAAUUUGUUUACAAUUGCUGUGGUUAGCAGUUCUGAACUAUUUCAUACCGUCGAUGAAUCGACGAAUCUUGAACAUUUUAUCGAUUCGGUUUGUUGACAACACUGGUCUAGGGUUAGGAAAUUAAUACAGAGGAUCCAAUCAUAUGUAUGGAUAGGAAUGACCACUAAAGAAAGAUGGUAAGAAUCACUAUGGAGAGUAGAGGGAAAAGAUGACCAAAAUUAUUAUUAUACAUGAUCCAACAAUUUGGUGCCAAAAAUGAUAAAGAUGAUUUGAUUCUCUUUGACUUGGGUUGCAGUGGUUACAAUAUCUAUCAUUGUGGCCCAUAUUCCUUUUCCCUAUAUAUAUAAUUUUCCAUGGACAAUCAUUUCCCUUUUAAUCAAAUCUCUACCCCCACCAACCAUAUAAUCACUCUUCCUUCAUGUCUUUUUGUGACUAGAUAUGUGAAAGGACACCUAAAAUUUUGUUAAUAUAAUGGUCUUCUUGCCUCAUAAUAUGUCGUUGUGCAAUUGCAUCCAUCUUUUAGUAUUAUCUAAAGACGAUUGAUGUUGUGAUAUCGGUAUUUUCUUCGUUGUGAAAAUCGAAAAAUUAAUAACUGAGAAAUUCUCGCAUCAAUUUAAGCAAGAUGCACUAUUAUUUUGUCUAGUGCAUCCUAUAUAAGAUGAGAUUAACUAGUCAAAAAGAGCACAAGGGGGGAGAGAAUGAGGUAGAAACCCAAAAGGCUGGGUUCCCUAACUCUCACCAAAUUAGCUGGUUACAUGAGUAAAGGAACUUAGGGGAGUUAUUAACAACAAGAGAAAGUAUGAUUAAUCCUAUAAUCAUCAAUUCAUUAGUAACCAUGGGAAGUCCAACAACUCCCUCAAUGAUUCUCUAAUGAACCGAUUAUAUAUUAAUACUCUUUAAGUUGAUUAGUUCCCACACACCCCUUAAUUAAUUUAUUUGGCUUGACUCUUGAUCACAUCAAACCCCAUCUCGGUUGGAUCGGUCGCCUGAAGCUCAUAAUGGAUCCCAUCCAAUGCUCCCUUCACUCCGAUCUUUGAUGUUGCGUAUAACAUCUUUGCUUUGAUCCUCGACGCCGCAGGUGCCCUGAACCAAACAACAUGAAGAAUCGGUUAGGUUCAAAACAAAUUUUGGACUCGCAAAACAUAUGGCAAAUUCAUUCGAGCAUCAGCUAGUUUAAGACAUUCGUUGCAAAUUGAAGAUCCAUAUAAAAUGUUUUUGAUGAUCGAUAUCACAAAUCGAAUUCAAGAGAAUUUUUCAAUGAUUUGCUUUUCUACAUAUAAAGUAUUGACAUAAAGUAGAAUAAAUUGUAACCAAGUAAAUGUUUCUCUAUAAUACACUAUGCUUCCCAACAAACCAAACUUUUCUCCCCCCAAUUUGGUGCAACAACUGUAGACCAAGACUCGAUGACUCUGCACCUAAAAUAACAAUGGUUGGUGCAACUUAUUAUAAUUCUUAGGCAUGAUAUCCCAAAAGGCAUAAACUUUGUCCAUAAACACAAAUUAUGAUUCCAAUUUGCAAAUAGUGUUAUCACAUCCAAUUUCUUUAGAAAAGAGUUCAAACAAUAUCGAUUUGCACGAAAGUUCAACAGAUAAUUCGAUUUCACAUCAAAAUCCAUAUUCAAUUACUAACGAUUGUAAUUUGUAAAAUUGUACCGGAGAUUAUCAUAACUAAAUAAAUAAAAUUCUAAAAA